UUUCAUAGAGAAUAUACCAUUGAAAUUUAUAAAAAAAAUUAUAAAGUGGAAUUACAUUAGAGUGGCUUGGCACUUGAAAUCCAAGGAAGCAAAGGCGGGAAUUGAUUCUAACUUGAACCGUAUUGAGCAAUAUAUCUCUUCCUUCAUCUUCAAAAUGCAUGAUAUUCUAUUUUUCUCUCUCCAUAUCUAUAAAUAAUGAUAAAAACUUAUCUUGAAUCUCUUAACAGUACACCAGAUUUCUCCACAAGGUUUGUCAUCGCCAUCUCCAAGUAUUGAAUCUUACUACUGCAACUCUUUUACUUAUUUCUUGAAUUAGGGUUGGUGCUAUAUGCUAGCGAACCUUUCUUCUUGUGGUUGUUGCAAUUCUUACAGGCAUAUUUUUACCCUUUCUGCUCCGGUGAUUAAUUACAAAGAUUGAAAAGAAUGCCACGUUUGCUUCAUGGGACUCUUUUUGUGACAGUAUUUGAGAUUGAUAUAAUUCAAAAUGGCUGUGGAUUCAAUUUGUUCAGUGAGGGUAUUGGACAGCAAAAUUGUGGAAAAAGAUUUCUAUCCAAAAUGAAAAGAAUGGUGCUUUGUAGACCUGAGCACAUUUACUGUGCCCAUCUGAUCUCAAAUGUAAUAUUCACAGUGAAAGAUGAUCAACUUGUUGGGGCAACAUUAAUUGGCAGAGCUUAUAUCCCAGUUGAGGAUGUCAUCAAAGGGUAUAUCAUCGACCGAUGGGUCGAGAUAUUGGAUGAACUACACAAUCCCAUUGGCUCCAAGAUUCACGUCAAGCUGCAAUAUGUUAGUGUCACACAAGACACUAAUUGGUCUCAAGGAAUAAAAAAUCCGCGAUACGAUGGAGUUCCUUACACAUUCUUUAAUCAAAGACAUGGUUGUCGUGUUACUUUAUAUCAGGAUGCUCAUGUUCCUAACAAUUUUAUUCCCAGAAUUCUCUUAGGAGGAAAAAGCUACGAAGCUCAUCGAUGCUGGGAAGAAAUUUUUGAUGCUAUUAGUAAUGCUAAGCAUUUGAUUUACAUAACUGGUUGGUCUGUGUAUACUGAAAUAACUCUGGUAAGAGAUCCUAAUAGGCCUAAACCAGGAGGAGAUGUAAAACUUGGAGAGUUACUGAAGAAAAAAGCUGAUGAAGGUGUUACAGUUCUUGUGUUAGUUUGGGAUGAUAGAACUUCUGUUGAGCAACUAAAAAAGGAUGGUCUGAUGGCAACCCAUGAUCAAGAAACUGAGAUCUAUUUCAAGAACACAAAAGUGCAUUGCGUUUUGUGCCCUCGAAAUCCUGAUGAUGGAAGAAGCAAAGUUCAAGAAUUUGAAAUCUCUACUAUGUUUACUCACCAUCAGAAAACAGUUGUUGUUGACUGUGAAAUGCCUGACAACACAUCAAAUAAAACAAGAAUUGUCAGUUUUAUUGGAGGCAUUGAUUUAUGUGAUGGAAGAUAUGAUACACAAGAUCAUCCUCUAUUCAAGACUUUGGACUCAAUCCAUCAUGAUGACUUUCAUCAACCAAACUUUGAAGGCGCAUCGAUCAAUAAAGGCGGUCCAAGAGAGCCUUGGCAUGAUAUUCAUUGUAAGCUAGAAGGGCCGAGCCUUGGCAUGAAUUCAUUGUCAAAGCUAGAAAGGGCCUGUACUUGGGCAUUUCUUUCCAAUUUUGAACCAGAGGUGGAAAGGCAGUUGAGAAAACCCAACAUCAACCAGAGGUCAAUGGAUGGGUGCAAGACGACUCAGAUAUCGCAAUGGGAGCAUCUUCAACCUCAUCAUCUUAGCAAGCACACCAGCCAAGGGGUUCAAAUAUAUGGAUUUAGAUUGGCCUUAUGGUAUGAGCACCUUGGACUCUCUUAG